CCCUCGCCCCCCAGCCCCACAUCUGGCCCCUCCUCCCCACGUGGCCAGAUCACAGAGGUUCGGAACGGUGUGUACUUUAUGGAAGGAGCAGAGGAUGAUAGUCUGGCGAGUGCUACGUGUCGGAGAGUUUAUGCUUGAUUUGGAGUAGCGAAGAGCGCAAUGAUGUGGAAAGAAAAAUGGUUCUGAGGACUGAGGAGGGAAUAUAAGAAAUGGAGUUAAUAAUUUAUAAAACAGCAGUAGCAGUAGCAGGAGGAGGCCGGUGGCGGUGGCGGUGGCGGUGGCCGGAUUUCGUUUAAAAUGAAGGAUGGAAAUCGAGCUGUGACCAACGGUGGCUCUUCAAGUUUCUCCUCUCUUUUGGCUUCUGGAGAUCGUGACUACCUCCUCUCUCCCACCGGAGCUCAGGUUAAAGUCUCUAAUCUGGACGGCAAGGUUCUGGGCCUUUACUUCUCGGCCAACUGGUACCCGCCGUGCCGGAGCUUCAACCAGAUUCUGGUCCGGAUCUACGAGGAGCUUCUGGGAAAUGGCUCAAAUUUUGAGGUGGUUUAUGUCUCCUCCGACGAAGAUUCCGACGCUUUCAACGAGUACCACGCCAGCAUGCCGUGGCCGGCGAUUCCGUUCUCCGACUUGGGUACCAAGAUCUCUCUGAACAGGAAAUUCGAGAUCGAAGGGAUUCCGUGUUUGAUCAUAUUGCAGCCGUGUGAUACUAAGGAUGAAACGGCGUCGUUGUACGAAGGCGUGGAGAUUGUUUACAGAUAUGGGGUUGAUGCGUUUCCCUUCACAAAGGAGAGAUUGCAGCAGCUGAAAGAAGAGGACAGAGAAAAGGAAGAGAAUCAGACUUUAUUCACUUUGCUCACAAAUCACAAUAGAGAUUAUGUAUUGGGUCAUCCCACCCCAAAACAGGUUCCUGUUGCUUCAUUAGUAGGCAAGACUGUGGGGCUCUACUUCUCGGCGAAAUGGUGUCUCCCUGGCGUCUUCACGCCGAAGAUGAUCAGGGUGUACAACAAGAUAAAGCAAAUGGUAGACGUCAAAGAAGACGAAGACUUUGAGGUUGUUUACGUGUCGAGUGAUCGAGAUGAAGACUCGUUCCAUUCUUACUUCGAUUCGAUGCCAUGGCUAGCCUUGCCAUUUGGGGACUCAAUGAUAAAGAAACUAGCCAAACAUUUUGAUGUCCAAGGCAUCCCUUGUUUGAUAAUCUUAGGCCCCAAUGGCAAAACAGUCACCAAACAAGGCAGAAACCUCAUAAAUUUGUACGGGGAAAAUGCUUAUCCGUUCACGGAAGCGAGACUGGAGGAGCUGCUGAAGGAAAUGGAGGAAGAGGCGAAGAAGCUCCCGACUUUGGUUCGCCAUGCCGGGCACAGACACGAGCUGAGUCUCGUGUCGGAGGGAAAUGGGGGAGGACCUUUCAUCUGCUGCGAGUGUGACGAGCAGGGUUGUGGGUGGGCUUAUCAAUGCCUCGAAUGUGGAUUCGAGGUGCACCCGAAGUGCGUCGAGACGAGCAACCACGGCUCGACCUCUGAUGGAAGGUGAUGCUGACGGUGACCUUGUGCUCUUGAUCAACCAAAUUGAUAUAUAAUUUCUUGGUUACUUCAGCUGUUCGUUCUUUCUUUGUCAACUUCCUAAUUUAUAACCUAUCCAAGUACAAUUCAAUCUGCAGCUUGAAACCAUUAGAUCUGUAAAUUAUUUGAUCUGUGCUAAUUUCCAUUUUCAAAUGAUUAUGGAUGUGUUGUAAUGCUUUGAUGAGUACAAAGUAAGAAAUAUGGCAGAGAAUCUGUUCAAUGGUAAGAAUGUGUUUUUAUAUA